ACAUACAUGAUAUUUAUAAAGUAUUACUAUUUCAGUUCAAGUUCUCUUUUCGCUAAAAUCAAACCCUCGAAUCGAAAGUAGAAAGAAACACAGUCGCAAAACUCUCUUUUUCGCUCUCCACUCUCUCACUUUUCUUCUUCUUUGCCCGCAAACCCCUACAAAACCCAGUCCAUCACAUUUAUCAAAUGGUUUCUUCUGAAGUAACUGCCUCACAAACCGAGUCCUUUCCUCCGUCAAAUCAAGAGCCGCCGUCUUCGGUGGCUCCGCCGCCGACGGAAUUAGUCGCUGUAAAAUCUGAGGAUGCCGAGUCAUUUCAGCCGUCAAAUCAACAGCCACCACAGACGGAAUUAGCCGCUGUAAAAUCUGAGGAUACCGCCGAAACUGGAAGUGAUAACAACAACAACAACAACGGAGACGCCACGGCGGCAGCGCCCGCGGUUGUGCUGAAAUGGCCGGGCUGGCCUGGAGACAACGUGUUCCGGCUAGUAGUGCCAGUUCUGAAAGUCGGUAGUAUAAUUGGACGUAAAGGCGAGCUUGUGAAGAAGAUGUGUGAAGAGACUCGCGCUCGUAUUCGCGUCCUCGAAGGCCCUCUCGGCAAUGCCGAUCGCAUCGUCCUAAUAUCUGGAAGAGAAGAUCCAGACGCGCAAGCAUCACCUGCAAUGGAUGCUGCUCUAAGAGUAUUCAAGCGUGUUGCUGGACUAAGCGAUGGUGAUCCAGGAGCAGUAGCUGCUGGUGCAGCAUUUUGUUCUUUAAGGUUACUGGUGGCGUCAUCGCAAGCCAUUCACUUGAUUGGGAAGCAAGGUUCUACAAUCAAAUCAAUCCAGGAAAGAUCUGGUGCCUCCCUGCGAGUGUUAUCUGAAGAUGAUGUGCCUCCUUAUGCCACUUCAGAUGAGAGAAUUGUUGAAAUUCAUGGAGAGGGCUUGAAGGUGCUUGAUGCUCUGGAGGCGGUAUUGGGACAGCUGAGAAAGUUUUUGGUUGAUCAUAGUGUGAUACCUGUAUUUGAAAAGACGUGCAAUGCAAAUAUCUCUCAAGAUCGGCCGGCGGAAUCCUGGGCUGAUAAAUCACAGUCCUCAAAUCUUCCACCUUCUGUUCCUGCACCUACAUCCCAAGCUCUGACAGUUUCUGAUUAUUCUCUUUCCAUGAACCGAGACACUUACUUACUUGAUCGCGAAGCCACUCCGGACUUUAAGCUCCGGCCCUCUACGCUAUCUCUGUAUGGACAGGAUCCUGGACUUGGUGGCUUGCGUACUUCUGUAGCUGGUCGAACUGGUCCCAUAGUAACGCAGAUGACAAAGGUAAUGCAAGUACCCCUGUCGUAUGCUGAGGAUAUCAUUGGUAUUGGUGGAGCCAACAUAGCAUAUAUUCGCCGCACGAGUGGGGCAAUUCUUACUGUGCAAGAGAGCAGAGGCUUACCUGAAGAGAUAACUAUAGAGAUUAAGGGUACCUCGUCUGAGGUUCAAACGGCCGAACAGCUUAUUCAGGAAUUCAUUAGCAACCACAAAGAGCCAGCCCCGAGCUUAUAUGGGACGGGUGAGAGUGGAUUUGGUUCUUUUUCUCGUUUCAGUGACUCCUAUUCAUCAUCUUCGUUUCAAUCUCAGCGCUUAGGGGGAUAUGGAUCUUCUAGUAUAGGAGGAUACAACAGUUUUAGAUACUAAUCGCGAGUAGGCUUUGGAAUAGUUCCUGAGAGGUUCUCUUUUACAACUUCUGGAACCCUACUUUAGAAUGGAUUCAUGUAUGUAAUUAACUUUCUUAAAUCUAAUGAGAAGUUAGUAUUGAAACCUA